AUGGGUGAUAUACCGGAGAAGUGUGGUGACCUCGGCCCUUACCUAGUCACUUGCACCAUAGAUGGGAUACAAUUUGUUGAUUGCAUGUGUGAUCUAGGCGCCUGUGUGAGCAUUAUGCCUUUGUCUAUUUAUAAGGUCUUGAAGCUUCCACCAUUGAAACGGUUGUCUUGCUGGUUUGUUUUGGCGGAUAAAAGCAUAAUUUCUGUAGUUGGUAUUGCGGAGGAUGUUCUAAUGAGUAUAAAGGGGUUGGUCUUUCUGAUUGAUUUUCAUAUUCUUGAGAUGCCCCCUAGUGAUUCCGGAAGGACUUCAUCUAUCUUACUUGGGAGGCCAUUUUUAAAGACCUCCUGGUUCAAAUUAGAUACUUUUUCGGGUACCUACUCUUUUGAGAUCGAUGGAAGAACGGUGAGCUUUAAUCUUGAUGAAGCCAUGAGACAUCCACCGGAGGACCAUUCUACUUUCCAGUGUGAUAUAAUUGAUAAUGUGGUGGCCGAAGUCUACCAUGAUGGUUUUGAUGAGAAAAGUAUGAUUCAAGGUCCAAGUGUGGGGAGUUUCCAUGUAUGUGAAGAAGAUGCCUUAUCACCUCCGGUGUUGCCGGAUGACCGAGUGCCAAGUCAUGAACAAAAUGUAGAUUUGAAACCACUUCCACCCUACCUAAAAUAUACCUUUCUUGAAGAUAACCAAAAGCUCCCAGUGAUUGUUGCAAAGGAGCUCACCUCCCAACAAGAGGAGAAGUUGCUUAAUAUCUUGAGGAGAAACAAAAGGCUAUUAGGUGGAGCUUGGCGGACUUGGUUGGCAUAA